GUGACAUCACGUCAUCCGCGAAAGAACUUUGUAGUUGCCAAAAUUCAAAUUUUAUACAUUUCUAAACAUAUUUGCAGCCUAACCAGAUAGAAUGUGGAGUAGAGUAGGUCACCAUUAUUCAAACUUUAUGCGUUGGCGUCAUAAAAAGCCUGACAAUCCUAGACUAAAAGCAUACAGAACUGUAAUUAAUUUCAGCCCACUUGAAGGAACAGCUCGUUUUCCCAAAUUGGAAGAUUGUUCCCACUUCCACUAUGGUUUGGUUGCAUUCAGAGAACUUAAGUUGAAACUCUGUGAAAAUGACACCGACAGAUGUCAGCACAGUUAUCAUGAUACAAAAGAACAGACUUACUUGGUUGAAGUAUCAUCAGCGAAAAAAACUUGGACAGUUUGCCGGACCUACAGUGACUUUUGUAUGCUUGACUGUCGACUUCAUUUGUGCGUUUAUAACCGAAGGUUUAGUGACUUGCCAGAACUUGUGCCAGAAGAACAAAGUAAAAAAUCUAAGCAGGAAUUGGUGGAAUUAUUGAGUCAGUACCUCAAUCGAUUUUCAAGGCUUGCCACCUGUUUAAUAAACUGUGGUUUAGUUCUCAAAUGGCUGGAGAUUGAUAACCUUGGCAACCGGCUGGUAACAAUGGACAACGGUGGCAUCAACACUCCAGCUGUUGCUGUUGCCCAUGUGAUCAAACGUUACAAUGCUCAAGCUGUAGAUGAGAUAUCACUUGAGGUUGGCGAUAUUGUAUCAGUUAUAGACAAGUUUCCCUCUCAUCUCACAUCAUGGUGGCGAGGAAAGAAAGGCUUUGAGGUUGGUUUCUUUCCAACUGAAUGUGUAGAAAUAAUGGAAGACACAAUUCCUCCUUUUGUUGCAUCAAGAGUACUGAAACCAUCCAUUGUAAGAGAAAGAUCUUCUCGUAAGCGAGGAUUGCUGAGAAAAAUAUACAGGACAUUUAGGUCAAAUAAGAAAGUAUUUGGAAGUGACCUGACAGAAUAUCUGCUGAAAUCAGGGUGUGAUGUGCCAGCAGUGGUGGAGAGGUGUACAGAAGUUAUUGAACACUACGGUAUUGUCGACAGUAUUUACCGCAAAGCAGGAGUAAAAUCAGAUCUCAAGAAACUCAGGCAUGAGUUCAACAAGGGUCAUGAUCCUGAUCUGGUGGCUGAAUCCAGGAGCAGGAUUCAUACUAUCAGCUCCCUACUGAAGCUGUAUUUCCUCGAACUGCCGAAUCCACUUCUCACACACCAGCUGUAUGACAAGUUUAUUGAUGCGAUUCGUAACGAGAGAAACAAAUUGACAAACUUACAUAAUGUUGUAAAACAACUUCCAUUGCAACACUUGAGAACUGCUGAAUAUUUAAUGAGGCAUCUGGCUUAUGUAGCAGAACGUGACAUGUAUACUAACGUGAAGUUGAAAACCAUGGCUUUCAUUUGGGCCCCAAUUCUUCUCAGGUCCAUGGACAUGGAGCUGGAUGUGAUGGCUGAUCCAAAGCAGAUGGGUGUCGUUGAAUGUCUCAUCUGCUACAGCAGUGUCAUCUUCAAUGAAAAAGCGGCGCUGUAUUCCAUGUCUGAAUUUCACACAAAUAAAGCAAAGCCUGACAUGAAGUUGUUAAAUAUGUCCAAGUCGGAACGUGUGAUGUCCUUAGAACAGGCGAGACAGAAGAAUGAGAUUAUCACAUCGGCCCUCGAUCCAACUCAGGUGUACAUCAGUGUGCCACUCUACCACGACAGUUUCAAUAGCAGAGAGGAAACUGACAAAGAAAGCUCCAUUUCAGAUCGUGCUUUUCCAUGUAUCGAACUCUUAAACAUCAAUAACAACUUCUCGCUGGACUGUGAUGAUAACCUGCAAAACAGUGAAGCAUGUUAUCAGUCUACAGAUUUACUGGUGUUGCCUGGCGAUCUGUCAUCUUCAUUUUCCACAUUACGCACAUUUAUUUGAAUUGUUUGACUUGUAACAGUCAGUUACAACACAGUCUAGUCAGUUCUAGAAUGAUCGUUAUCCGUCAACAAAACAGAACACCGUGCUUGCUUGCCUCAUGAAUGGAAGAUAAAAUCAUCAAUUUGGUCAAAAUGACCCCUAUUAGAAAUUGGGUGUCCGGCACAACAAGUCUUGUAGGUAGGGUCAACAAUGUACUCAGCUGGCCGUUUAGGCCCAUAUGUUCCUGUUAAUGUAAUAUUUUUAUCUUUAUAGUUAUUAACUACAGCAUUUGUGAGAAUGUAGAAACUUUAUUUCUGAAGAAUAAAUAUCUUGAUCUGUAUGGCAGAUAUCGGAUAAGAGAUGAACUGAAGGGAAACCCCCCCACUUAAUUCUUUUACUUAUUUUCACUAAAAUAUUUUUACAUUUUAUCUUAUGCUAGACUCAGACUGUCAACUGUCAUGACAAAGUUGGCCAAUGACAGCUGCGUUGUAAUUUAUUCUACUCCCUACUUAAGACGGGUGCACUCAGACUAGCAACUAGACAGUCAUAGAAGUCAUGAGAGCAGAAAGUUGGCCAACUUUGUUGUGGCAGUUGGUAGUCUGACACUAGCAUUAUGUGAAGUAAGUUGCCCCCACUGGGGUUGGGUUUUUCUUUUCUUCAGAUUUUUCUGUGGGGGCGGGUUGGGUGGACAGUAACUUGCAUUUAAUUCUAGCUAUACUGUUACUUAUAUUGUAUAUGUUCUUCUUUAUGUAUUGUAUGUUACUAAGUGUUUUAUUAUUUACCAUUGAUACCAAUAUUAUCACAGACCUUAGUAGAGGACCUUGAAGUGAAAAGUAUUAUAUUAAGAAUUGCUUGGUAUUAAUUUAUUAUUAUUAUAUUAUACUAUUAUUAUUAUUAUGUUCUCAACUAUUGCUUGGGUGUAUUUACUAUAUACAUGUAUAUUUACACUAUAUUUCCAAUGUUAUUUGUUUUAAAUGGAAACAAUUUCUUACAUUUCAAAAGAUGUGUGAAUAAUAAAUAUAUUUUAUGCAA